GUCGAAGAUUCGCAUUAGUUUAUUGACAUUAAUUAAUGCCAGCUAAUCAAUUAAAAAUAUAUAAACAGAGAUAUUUYSUUUAACACUAAUGAAUAAGUAAACAUUUACUGCGAUGUGAUGUUAGAUAGAAAAAUGUGUAAAAUACAUGAGACGCUCCGUAUCAACUGAAUCCAAUCGAAAAUUUAGGUUAUGUGGUUUGUUUACGAUAUCUCAUAUGUAGCUGUGAAAUAUACAUUUAUUAUUCUAGUCAUAGUUCAGAGAGAUUCAGUGCAUCAGUAGUCAAGUAUGUGUAAAAAGAAAUAGGCCUGUGGUGUAUUUAAGAAGCAGUUGAUACGGAAAACAAUGAACGUUCCCAUUGAAAACUAUGAGAACUCAUUCGAGACGUCCAGGCAAAGAUGUUUCAGAUUUCGUUCAUCACUCUAUUUCCUCUCUAUAGGACGAAUCUUAGCAAUAUUGUCCACUCUAGUUGUUAUAGGAUUUGUUCUGGUGCUCUGCAAGGCCUACAUUAAGUUUGUUUUACUGUGGCUCGAAAAGCAAGACGGUAUCGUUAUAGCAGCUACAAUUUGUGUACUUUUUGUGAUAGUUUCCCUUCCUAUCAGUGUAGGCUACAUAGUUUUAGUUUUAGCCUCUGGAUAUUUAUUUGGAAUUGCCAAUGGACUGUUACUGGUGGUUUGUGGGGCAAAUACCGGACUAUUCAUCGCCCAUAAUAUAUUAAAGGUAGUAGGACAUCAUCCCUCCUUAUACAAAUUUACUCGAACUGAUAUGGCUGCCGCUAUAAUGCAAGUAAUAUCCGGACCUCUCUGUUUCAAGAUUGUUUUUUGUGCAAGACUGACUCCUAUUCCAUUUGGACUUCAAAAUACCAUAUUUGCGUUAAGUAAUGUGAGUGCCAAAGUUUACCAUAUCGCAUCACUUUUUGGACUGUUUCCUGCUCAGUUAGUGGCAGUUUAUAUUGGAUCCACACUCAGAUCAAUGCAGGAUGUGAUAGAAAAUAACCAUAUAUCAUCAGCCACUUACUUUUUUGCAGCAUUGCAGUUAAUAUGUGGAGCCUCUCUAAUCAUUUGGAUAGGAAGUAAAGCUAGGACUGAGUUGCUGAAGGUUUUGGCAGAAGCUGAAAACUCUAAUAAAACAACUUCCUAUUCAAUAGUGUGAUAUUUUUUGCUUACACUUAUUUAUUGUUCUAAGUCAUCUAGUUUUAAUAAUUAUCCUGAUCUAUACAUGACUGAUGUUUUCUCACCAGUGUUUCACUUCAGAAUUCUCAGAUGUGUCUCAAAUUACUACAGAAAAUGGAUUAUAUAUCAUUUUUGUCUUCCGACACACACCAACUAAAUAUAAUGCUUUACAUAUUUUUUGUAAGCCAGUAACAUACUAGUGAGGGAUUAUUGAGUGAACUAUUUAUUUUUACUCGUUAUUAGAAUAGUAAGUUUUCUAAUUGCUGCAUUUAUUUAUUAUUUGUGCAUUUCUUGUGUGAAAAGCAUUACUUACAUAAAUGCUUUCUGCCAAGGCUUUAAUACUGAUAUGAUCAUAUGUUCUAUAAAAUCAGUAGGCAUUUUAAAACAAUGAGGCCAGUUCAAUUUUUUAUUGCACUCAAUUCGAAUGAAUGAUUAAGAUCAUGGACAGAAUCUUAUCAAAUUUUAAAAUUAGAAGCUUCACAUACAGAUGUGCAUUAUUUCCAAUUUGGAGCUUGCUUUAAGCACCACACACAAACGUUUGCUUUACAAGAGAAUAUACGACUAAUUUAGCACAGUUAAAAUGACAAAAAAUUAGCCGAUAUUUAAAGCCUAUUAUUUCUAGCGAUGUGCUUCUAAAUUAAGAUUAGGUUUCUUUCUAUGCAACAACAAACGUAUUUUGCAUACAAAAUUUGACAUUUCUAUGGUGCUUUUAAGUAGGUUUUCAAAAUUUGUUUUUGUACUUGACACAUGAAUUGAAUAGGGUGCAAUAUCAAUUGAACUGACAAACAUAAACAUUGACCAAAUAUACCACGUCUAAGUCAGAUAUCUGUGUUGUACGAAUAGCAUAUUUUUAAUGGUUAGUAUUUUUUUAAAUAAUAAAUUCAGCAAAUUCAAAAUACAUAUAUCAAAUCAA